UUACGUUCCUGGUACGAAGCUGAUCAGAUGUCGACUGCUUGGAUCCAUCGUGGAAAAUGGCUUUACUGGCGAGGAACGUCUGCAGGGUAAUUUCCCAGGGAGCCCAGAAAGGGUCGUCAAGGAACCUUCACGUAGGCUCAGUUUGUUUCAGCGAGUUGACCAUCGAGCGACAGGGAAAGAUAAAAUGUACCCUAAUCCCAGGAGAUGGUGUAGGACCGGAACUGGUGCUGGCGGUUCAAAAUGUUUUCAAAGCUGCAGACGUCCCAGUUGAAUUUGAACCCUAUUUCCUUUCCGAAGUUAAUCCUACUUUAAGUGCUCCUUUGGAUCAAGUUUCAAACAGCAUUGCCAGGAAUGGAGUUUGCCUAAAGGGAAUUCUAGCAACACCUGAUCAUUCCUCCACCGGAGAAUUGGAGACUCUAAACAUGAAGUUGCGAAAAAGCUUAGACUUGUACUCGAACGUAGUGCACGUUAAGUCCCUUCCUGGAAUACAAUCCCGACAUAAAAACGUAGACUGUGUGAUUAUCAGAGAACAGACAGAAGGAGAAUACUCUGCACUAGAACACGAGGGCGUCCCAGGAAUCGUAGAAUGUCUAAAGAUCGUCACCAGAUCGAGGAGUCAAAGGAUCGCGAAGUUCGCUUUUGACUUUGCUGUUAAAACACAUCGCAAAAAAGUUACUUGCGUGCACAAGGCGAACAUUAUGAAGUUGGGAGAUGGAUUGUUCCUGAAGUCCUGUGCAGAAAUUGCAAAAUUGUACCCGAGAAUUCAAUUUGAGCCUAUGAUCGUCGAUAACUGCACGAUGCAAAUGGUUUCUAAUCCUCAUCAGUUCGAUGUGAUGGUCAUGCCGAACUUGUACGGAAAUAUUGUGGACAAUCUGGCAUCCGGAUUAGUUGGCGGUGCUGGUGUCGUCGCUGGUGCUAGUUACAGCGCAGAGUGCGUAGUUUUCGAGCCGGGUGCGAGACAUACGUAUUCCGAAGCCGUGGGAAAGAACGUAGCGAACCCAACGGCGAUGAUUCUUUGUGGAGUGAAACUCCUGAACCAUGUCAACUUGAAACGCUACGCCGAGAAAAUCAAGGAUGCAUUGAAUCGCGUGCUGAAUGACGGAAAAGUUCGCACUAAAGACUUGGGUGGACAGAGUUCAUCCACAGAUUUCACAACAGCUGUGAUCCACAGCCUCCAAUGAGUAGUUUGCAGAGGACUCUAGCAAAAGAUCUACCGCAUGUAGGACAACCUAAGGCGUUCCGCGCGAAGUGCUUGUGCCUAUUGCACAGUUAUAUUCAAUUCGAACUCAAGCAUUUCCGACUAGUGGAUGAUUUUAAACCUUUUUUGAAGAGAGGAGAGCCUGAACGCUGGUUAGCAAUUUUUUUCGAAUUGUUUUUAACAGGAAAAUAGACGACUCAGACUUAAUCAGUAUCAUUAACCAAGUGAUUUUAUUUAUUAUAGUAUUACAUUUAAUCGUUCUGUGUUUCGUACGAGUAAAAAUAGAAGAGACACAAGUCGCCUUCGUUAAAAAUGUACUACGAUACGAAGGAACAUGCCAUGUGUUGUACCAUAGCCAAUUGUAUUAUACAUAAAUUAUACCAGCGAAUGUAAUAAAUAUGCAGUCUGUAAGACCUUUA